CAGAGUAAACGGGCCAGCAGAGGAAGAACCUGCCCUGAACUCACACACAGAGCUGGAAACUGAAACAUCUGCUGAGAGAAACAGACCUGUUGGAUUUACUGCCGACAUCCAGCUUUUAUUUGUACUUAAUAAAAGGACUUUUUUCUGCAACAAGUCCGCCUUGCACAUACAUUUGAAUGAGUUUUUCACUGGAUUUGAUCCCUUUUUAGUCUAUACGAGUGUGCGUAAUUUUGGAGACAGUUUUGUGGAAGUUCAAAGACUUUGCUUUUGUAGCUGAUAGUGGAAAACCUUUUAAAGGAUUUAUUUGCUUCCUCGUAGAGACUUUACUCUCAACUUGUCUUUACACUUGUUGGAUUUCACAGCUUUAUGAUGAGUUUUUUACACGUUUCCAUUGGUUUAUUCGUCGCUCUGUGCGUCAGCGGGGUGCACAGCGCCUGGGAGGAGAGCACCGUGGUCCCGGUCCGGCUAGACCCAACGGCCCGGUCGGAGAGCGAAACCGAGUCGUGGCGGACUCUUUCCGCGGAGGAGCAGGAGAAGGAGGCGGAGAUGAGGGAGUACAGGUUGGACGUAUUUGGCAAAGAGCUGGUGUUGCAGCUAGAGCCUGACCAGACCUUCUUGGCGCCGGGGUUUGUCUUCCACAUUGUGGGGACUCCUGAGUCCGAACCCACACAGGAACCAAAGAGCGGAGCCGAGCCGGGCUGCUUCUUCUCCGGCACGGUGAACGGAGAGGAUCACUCCGCCGCGGCGCUCAACCUGUGCCACGGGCUCAGGGGCGGAUUCUACUUUCAGGGGGAAGAGUAUUUCAUCCAGCCCCAAAACUCUAAUGACUUCACGGGCACCGAGGAGGAUGUCCACACGAUCCGCCGCAGAGGUCGGGCAGCUCUGGCUGAGGAGGGGAGCUCAAAGUGCGGGGUCAACGAGGACGAGGCGAGGGUGCCAACAAAUCUGGAGGAAGAAGCCAAGCACGGAGCAGCUAACGCAGAGCAGACAGCUCACCACAGGAGCAGGCGCUUUGUCUCCACACCUCGCUACCUGGAGAUCAUGCUGGUGGCUGACCAGUCCAUGGCUGAGUUCCACGGCGCCGGCCUGAAGCCCUACCUGCUGACCAUCAUGGCCGUGGCCUCCCGCCUCUACCGCCACCCCAGCAUCCACAACUCCAUCAGCCUGGCGGUGGUGAAGCUGCUGGUGGUGUACGAGGAGGAGCGAGGCCCCCAGGUGUCCUCCAACGCCGCCAUGACCCUCCGCAACUUCUGCCAGUGGCAGCGGCAGCACAACCCGCCCAGUGACCGCCACCCCGAGCACUACGACACCGCCGUGCUCUUCACCAGGACGGAUCUGUGUGGCGCCCACUCCUGUGACACUCUGGGCAUGGCAGAUGUCGGCACAGUGUGUGACCCUGACAGAAGCUGCUCUAUCGUGGAGGAUGAUGGCCUUCAAGCUGCAUUUACUGUGGCGCAUGAACUUGGCCACGUCUUCAACAUGCCUCAUGAUGACGCCCAGAUGUGCUCCGGGGUCAACGGUGUCCACUGGGGCUCCCACAUGAUGGCCUCCACCCUGUCCAACCUGGACCAGCAGCAGCCGUGGUCCCCCUGCUCCGCCCUCAUGGUCACCACCUUCCUGGACAACGGCCACGGUCAGUGUCUGCUGGACAGGCCGGUCAAACCGCAGCCCCUCCCCCAGCCUCUGCCGGGGACGGUGUACGACGCGGACCACCAGUGCCGGCUGACCUUUGGGGACGACUCCCAGCACUGCCCCGACCUGAGCACCACCUGUGCGGCCCUGUGGUGCACCGUCACCACGUCCAAUGGUCUGCUGGUGUGCCAGACCAAGAACUUCCCCUGGGCUGAUGGGACUUCCUGCGGCCAUGACAGCUUCUGCCUGGCCGGGCAGUGUCUCACCAAGAGCCAAGCUGCCAAACACCAGACUCCUGUCAAUGGCGGAUGGGGGUUGUGGGGUCCGUGGGGUGACUGCUCUCGAACCUGCGGCGGGGGGGUGCAGUAUUCCUUCCGCUCCUGCGACAACCCUUUGCCCAAAAACGGGGGCAAGUACUGCGAGGGGAAGAGGAUCCAGUACCGCUCCUGCAACACAGAAACCUGCCCCGAUAGCAACGGCCUGUCUUUCCGCGAGGAGCAGUGCUUGGCGCACAACGACAUGUCGGCCCAGGUGUCGCUGGGUUCAGGCGAGGGAGUCGAGUGGGUGCCCAAAUAUGCCGGAGUCUCACCCAAAGACCGCUGCAAGCUGGUGUGCAGAGCCAAGGGCACCGGAUACUUCUUUGUCCUCAAAUCUAAGGUGGCUGACGGGACCCCCUGCAGCCCAGACUCCACCUCGGUGUGUGUCCAAGGCCAGUGUGUGAAGGCCGGGUGUGAUCGUGUCAUCGGCUCCAACCGGCGCUUCGAUAAGUGUGGAGUGUGUGGAGGAGACGGAUCGACCUGCAAGAAAGUGUCCGGCUCUCUGGAGCGUGCCAGGCCUGGGUACCAGGAUGUUGUCACCAUUCCUGCCGGCGCCACCCACCUGGACGUGAAGCAGCGCGCCCCCGGCAACGGUCGUAACGACAACAGCUACCUGGCGGUGCGCCGGCAGGACGGCACCUACCUGCUGAAUGGAGACUACAAGCUGAUGACCAUGGAGACGGACAUCGCCCUGCAGGGGGCGCUGCUGCGCUACAGCGGCUCUUCCGCCUCCCUGGAGCGCCUCCGGAGCUUCUCCCCGCUCCCAGAGCCCCUCACCAUCCAGGUGCUGUCUGUCGGGGAGGCCCCCAGGCCCCGGGUCAAAUACAGCUACUUUGCACCAAGACCCAACAACGCUGCCUCCAUCUCCAACGGCAACGGAGGCCGCCGGCACUCCAUCAACGCCAUCAGGGAGGUGGGUGGAGCCGAGUGGACCCUCAGGGAGUGGGGUCCCUGCUCCCAGACGUGUGGCGGAGGCGUGCAGCAGAGGGAGGUGGUGUGUGCGGACCCCCAGGGCCGGCCCUCCAGAGACUGCCCCGAGGAGCUGCGCCCCCUGGCUUCGCGCUCCUGCUCUGCCCAGCCCUGCCCCUCCUGGCUCCUCGGGGAGUGGUCGGUGUGUUCAAAGACCUGCGGGCGGGGUUUCCGCAAACGCCAACUGCGCUGCAUCGGCCCCGAGGGGCGCACACUGACACACGACAGCUGUGACCCCAAAGAGCGGCCGAGACCCCUGCUGGAACUGUGCAAUCAGAGCGCCUGCUGAAGACUGCUGCAGAAAAACACUCUGCCUCCUCUUCUUCCCACGGACAAGCUAAAGAGGCUACUGAAUGUUAGCAUCCAGAGUCCCACAAUGGGUCCUCAAUGACUGCGACUUAUUUCCCCCUGAAUCCAUUGUGGGGCCACAGAGCCUCUGCAGCAUCACUGGCUCAGUGCAGCACGUUUAGCCUCCCUCAGGAGGAAGACACUUCCUUGCUGCUUACCGUGCCAAUGUCAUGCUUGUGUGUGAGCGAGUGGGAGAAAGUGUCUUUUGUGUUUUUGUAUGCAUGUGUAUAUAUAUGAUGUUUGUCCAAGCUGGGCUGGACUGACACAUAAGGGGUUUGGGGGUGGGGGAGGUAAAUGCAGAGUAUAUAAAGAUCACAUGAAAGAGAAAUAGCUCAUAUUCUACUAUACAUCCCAUCAGGUAUGGAAAAAAAUAGUCAGUGUUUAGUUUAUUUAUCACAAACCUGUAGCACUUCAUCUUUGUUUUGCCAGCGGCACAUUGUAACACCCCGUCGUCUCUAAAGGCCUCAGUACUCUGUACUCUGUGCUUUAGCCAUAUCUAACCCUUCAAUGAGGGAACUCUUCAAAGACCAAAGAGGAGUGUGAGUGUGAGUGUGAGCGUGUGUGUGAGUGUGUGAGUGUGUGUGAGUGUGAGUGUG